UCACAUUUUAAAUAGACAUGUAUUAUUUUCCACAUUUAAAAUAUAUUUUCAAAAUUUGUGGGUAACGAACUAUAAGCCACCAUUUUAAUUGAUAAGCUUUGUUAGUUGAUAAUAAACACUAUUCCACAUUUUAAAUAGAGGGAAAGACUGGUUUGUUUUAGUCGACUUUUAGUAAAGAUGUUCUGCAUUUUAAAUAGCAAGCCUAUGUAUAUACCUACACUUAUAGGUAAUUGGUCAUAAGAAUACACAACUCGACUAAUGUUUGUCUCCGAAGAUAUUAAUCAAGUACAUUCAAGUGGGACUGUACAAAAUACAUUUCAGUGACAUUUAUUUCAGUUUUGAUUCCUAGUUAAUAAUGCCGCUAGAUUUGUUGUAAAACUUUGGAAGGAAUCCCUCAAUGUAUUCCAAGACAACACAAAAAGGCCUACGAAGUCUUUUUGAAGCCGCAGUGACCUUAACCUUUGUCAAAAAUGAUAGAAUUCAUCCUUGAAUCCACUUUGUGUGUCACCUUCCCCGCCCGACCCUCUCUCUCUGCCUUACUCUCCCUUCUGUACAGCAUCUCUCGCUCAUUUCUGGUGUUUCAAGGUGAACGGGUCCUGGGUCCGGAACCUGAUCUCUCUCUGUUGCUGCAGAAACCACAUCCGAAGUUUCUAAAUCAGGCAGCUAUUGUCUAUACAUAGGCGAUCUCAGGGCAUCUAUGCAGUGAGACGCUCGCACACAAACACGCGCAUGGUCAUGCGCUUAAUCUGAAUGUUAAUGCACACUACUGCUGAACUUUCAGUAUGCUAACAAGCUUUUAAAAAGCAGUGUCACUACACUGAUAAAUAUUCAGAAGUGGUCCGAUUAGGGUUGAACAGUGUGGAUGAGGCAGAGAAAAAUAGCCACUCUCCCACGAGACUCCCAUGAACACUUUGAGAUGUAACAUGGCCAAAGUUUACAUUAAAAACUAUCACGUCUCAUUCCUCAUUCUGGCUCAUAAAACUUUCCGAGUGGCACAAAAACACAAAGGACGUCACAUCACUGACUCUCUCACUUACCACAUGCUUGUCCUCUGCCUGUCCUGUCCAGUUCUGCCACCCUCUCUCCUCCUCCUCUUCCUCUCUGUAUGUGGGGGGGAAAAAGGGAGCACUUAUGAGCUCGGACAUCGCUGCUGUUUGGACAGUCGGGAAAUUGGAUAUAAUUGCCAGCCCUAUCCGGAAUACAACAUGACGGGAAUGCGCCAAGCUGAUCCGCUCCAUCCAAUGAGAGCCACCCAAUGGUCCAACGCCACAGAAAACCAAACGCACCCUGCAGGGCAAAGUCCUGACAAGUUCAUGAGUGAACGUCACCGAAUCCACACGUCAUCGUGGGUCGUGGCAGCCUUUUGGAUUGUGAGUUUGUGUGUCCUGCUCUCCUUUGGCGUGUGCGCCUGGAAAAAAUGUCUGAGAAAGGACAAGGACAAGAAAAAAGGAAAAGAGAAGAGCAAGGCUGGAGAUUUUGACACGGAAAAUGAUGGUCGUUCCAACGAGCCACUAAAAGUUGAAAUCAAGAAGGAAACAGAGUUGUCAGACAUCCAGCCAAAGGAGGAUGAAAAGUUGGGCAGACUGCAUUUCACACUGGACUACAAUUUCACUGAUAACAUGCUCGUGGUGGGCAUUUUGCAGGCCGCCGGGCUUCCUGCCAUGGAUGUGGGUGGUAGCUCAGACCCAUACGUUAAAGUCUAUCUACUCCCAGACAAAAAGAAAAAGUUUGAAACCAAAGUUCACAGAAAGACUCUGGAACCCAAUUUCAACGAGACGUUCACAUUUAAGGUAGCGUACACGGAGCUGGGAGGCAAGACGCUGGUGAUGACGGUGUAUGACUUUGAUCGCUUCUCCAAGCACGAUGCCAUCGGGGUGGUGAAGAUCCCGAUGAGCAGCGUGGAUUUCAGCCAGUCGCUGCAGGAGUGGCGGGAUCUGCAGAAGGCGGAAAAAGAGGAGAGUGAGCGGCUCGGAGAUAUUUGUUUGUCCUUGAGGUAUGUUCCGACAGCAGGGAAAUUGACUGUCGUGAUUCUGGAGGCCAAAAACCUGAAGAAAAUGGAUGUGGGUGGAUUGUCAGACCCUUACGUGAAGCUCCACUUAAUGCUGAAUGGGAAAAGACUCAAGAAAAAGAAAACCACCAUCAAGAAGAACACUUUGAACCCUUACUAUAAUGAGUCAUUCAGCUUUGAAGUGUCGUGUGAACAGAUAGAGAAGGUGCAGGUAGCAGUGACCGUGUUGGACUAUGACAAAAUUGGAAAAAAUGACGCCAUCGGGAAAGUUCUGCUGGGCGGGAGUGUCGCUGGAACCGAGCAACAUCAUUGGUCGGACAUGCUCGCCAACCCGAGGCGGCCAAUCGCACAGUGGCACAGCCUUCAACCGCAGGAUGACAUUAAUGCCCUGAUUGCAAAGAAAUGAACAUCUGUGGGACAUGAAACGACUACCCUGAUUUUAUCUCAGCUUUCUCCACUCUAUUUAUCUAACGUGGGCAUCAAUGGUGAUCAAUGUUGAAAAUUUGUGGGCUGCAGGUAUAACUACAGUGUAACCUAAAAGCUUGAACAAAACCCAUACAAAGAUAUUGUUCAAACUUUUAUUAAUUCAAAUUUUGACCUGGAAAUAGAAAUGAUCAUUUCUGGUGUGAAACGGUUACAAUUGUAUAACAUGUAUGAAAUAUUAUAGAACCAUUUAAAAUGUAUUUUUAAAUUUGACAUUCUUACACCCUUAAAGAAAUUGAUCACUGUGCAGUAGAAUGAAUUAACACUAAAACUUGUCAUCCUUUCAAUGUAGAUAUGCCUGAAGCAUACGGUGUACCUUCCAUUCUUGUCUUUUAUUGAUGUCACUUAAUUGAUUACACUGAAUGGCCACAACAAACGCUUUUGUCACACUUUUCCAUUUUGCUAUCAGCUGCACCCUUUGGUAUGAGAAUCUAACGGUAAAGAAAAACCUUGGUGGAUUUCAUUGUUUAGAGGGGUGAGGGUAAUAUUUAGAGGUAGUUACUUUUUCCCAGGAAAUUUGGGACAUUUAAAAUUUGAGGUUCCACUGUGUUAGAUUCCUUAAGAACGGCAAAGCUUUUAAAAAUAUUUACUCAUCACGUUCCAUUUUUAUCUUUAUCUAAUGAUGAUUCACCAAACUAUCUACAAACCUGAGAAAACCUUUGUGUGUGUAUUUUCCUCCGUCUGCUCUAUUCAACUAUACUGUACAUAGUAUGUUUGCUACUGGAUGCGAUUAUGAAAUAACAGGUGACAGGCAAUUAGAAUUUUUCUUGAUUAGCUGUUGAAUAUGCACACAGAAGGGAUUAUUAAAUUUUCUAUUUUGAAAAUAUGUAUCACAUUAUUUUCAAUGCAAUAAAAGUAUUCACCACACCUAUGACUGCCAUAAAAUUCUGGUAGAUAGAUAGACAGAUAGAUAGUAUUGUAUUAGGUUUAUUAAAAAGUUGGAAAAAAUGAAAUGUGUUAAUUUUCGGGGAAAACUAAUACUUUGUAAUCAAUUCACUUUUCAUAUGAA